AAACCGAAAAUAAUGGCAAUAACAAAAUGAAACGAACGAUGUGCACAAAAAAAUUUAAAACCAAUUGAUUAAACAAAUUCGAUCUCACUGUCGUACAUGUCGUACCUGGAUGCUCCGAGGACACGCUUCACGCGUGUCUCCUUUGAUCUGGUGCUUUCUCCACCGAAUUCAACCGACUGUGGUAUAAUGAAUGAUCACCAAAAAAAAAUAUGACCAAUACUUGAAAAAAAUACCGUACGAACACUGCCUCGUUUGCUGCAUGUGGAUCGCCUUAGCAGCCUUAGCCACUGUCGGGGCCCAAAUGGUCCCCCAAAACGCUCACUGUGUCGUCUACACAGACAGCUGCGGACAGUUACUGGACACCCUCCCGGUGUGCCAAGAUUUUAAUCGACAAGUGUGCAACCGUCCUGCCUGCAAGUUUAUUCAUCUCAGUGACGGAAAUGUGGAGGUGAUCGAGAAUCGUGUAACGGUGUGCAGGGACGCAGUGAAGGGUGCGUGCAUGCGACCCCAGUGUAAAUAUUACCACAUACCGGUCGCAUUGCCGCCGGCACCUCUGAUGGCGAUCGCAUCGUCUGCCUCGCCUUAGGGUCGCUUUUGCCAGCGGUUAACGCGCCGGGACCGCGUGGAGAGGCAAGGAAGAAGAUUCGAUAAGCUUGCGCGAACACGCAUCUCCGUGCACGUCGGAAUCGUGCAUGGGGGCGGCAUCAGCAGCGACGGCGGCGAACAAAGCGAGUGGGAAGAAAUUGAGUGAGGAACGUCGUCGUUCUCGUCGUCGAUUCGAUUUAGUUUCAAUGUCACGUCGAUAUUCCUUCACGACACUCCUCUCCGCUCGUAAUGUACACGCACGAAUGUGCGAACACACGUUCAGGUGAUAGGGUGAAAUAACGCGCGGCAGAAAGGGAGGAGAAAAUAAGGGAAGGGCGCCAAAAAGAUUUCUGUCGCGUGAAGUCGAAAAGGGGGAAGGAAGAAAAUGUAUAAAUCUUUAAGUUUUUCUUUCCUUUUUGUCUGCGAGAGAGGCUGUUGUGGAUUGAGAAGACUGAAAAGCCGAGAAAAGAUUCGACAGGUGAUCACAGAGGCUGGAAAGGUCGAGCGAUCCGGUGUAAAUCGUCGUAACAGUGCGGCGAGGGUACAAUCGAGAAUCAUCCAGAUAUUUUUUAUGAUUACAAUAAACUAGUAAGCGAAGUCUUCCCUAACAUUGUUUUUUUACUUCUUUCGAUUUAUAUUUGACUUCCUGUGAAUCGUUGUGCGACGAAUUUUGAGAUGCUCGUCGGAAUAAUUCGGAAAACCGGUGUAACGGUGUUUCACCUUCCACGAAUUCCUCUUUUUGUUAACUCGCUCGUGUCACGCGAAGCGAAGUCUCCUCGGAUCGAAUGCAAAGUACUGACGGCAGAACAACGGCGAUGUGUUUUUGUCCCCGCGGGGAACAAACGUCAGACUCGAAAAUGUCGGAACCCGAUCUUCUCGCGAUCGAUAGAGUUAGCGAACAAUAACCCACGAUUCAGCAUCGUUCAAGUUUCUACGACUUCCUCAUCGUCGCGGGUCAUACAUCAAAACUCCUUUUCCAGUCUUCGGUGAUCGGUGAUCGAUGAACCGGACAGCUUCCUCUCAAAGAGCAACAAGAUACAACUGAAGAGAGUUUUAAUUCUCGAUAUUUGACUUCUGCUUUUAUUAUAUCGAUAUCUCAAAUAUAAUUAAAUUUGCUUUACAGAUGACAAGUGGAAGUAGCAAAAUGUUAUAUGUGCAAUUACAAUACACUGCCCUUGUUUAUCUUUAUUUUAUGAAAUGAAAUAAUUGCUCUACUUUAGAGUAGACAUUGAUUAAUAUUCAUUAUAAACUUCCAUUAUAUUUCAAUGCUCGAGAAACUUACGUUUCUCGAUGUGCAUACAAUUUUCUUCCUUUCCUCGAUGCUUAUCGCAUGCAUUCAGUGUCUUCAUUCGCCGUUACGUGCAAUGUGCGUUCGCGCAACGCAAGAUAUGCUCGUGAGAAAACUUGGAGAGAAUACGUUUCGAACUAUUGUUCUAUAAAGGCGUAUAAAUAUAAAUAUAUAUAUAUAUAAUUAUAUAUUCAUGCCAGAUUCCGGUGUGAGAGAAAUCGUAUCUGUAUCGCAUAAGUAGACUAGCUAGGGGCCGCGAAUCAACGCGACGAAACGAAUGACCGAAGGAUGCUGAUCUUGAAGAAGGAAAAAAACGCAAAAUACAAAAUAUAACGACGAUAAAUAUCACCGAGACGAUGAGAGAAAAUAAUUUACACGAGAUAUGAUAUAAAACGCGGCGAACGCAUAACGAAGUUUUUUAUACUCGUAUAUAACAAAUCUCAAUUAUAUUUUGUUUUUAUGAUAAUAAUAUAAACGCGUGUGUGUAUAUACAUACGAGAAGAGACCUAUUAUAUGUAUAUGUAUGCAUAUGCGAGGGUGUAACGAUUUCGCGCGAAGAGAAGCAUAAUAGUUAUCGGCGGAUUGUUUGGCGACGAUUAGGCGAGCGGAGCGAAGUAAUGGUCAGAAAUAGAACGUUGGAAUAUGUCAGAAGAGUUGCGAAGCGAUCGAUUCUCUCGCUCGAGAGGAACAGGAAGCCUUAGAACGAGGUUUACGCCGACUAUUUGACUUUCGACCGUCUUAUUUAGUUCGCGAAAUGGGCAAACGCCGAAAAUCGCACAUUCUAUAGGCGGGUAAACACUAUUUAAUUAUUACACUACGACAAAUGUAUAUGACAAAUUUAUAUGCAUACGAUAAGAAAUUAUAUUUAACUAAAAAUACACUUUUGGGGGAGUUGGGAGUAUAAACGAGAGAGCGCGAUCAUGAGAGGAAAUAUCGCGAGGUAUUCUUGGCGCGAACGAGAGCUGCCAAGAGAGAGAGAGAGAGAGACGAAAGGAAUCGUUUUAUAUCUGCUCUUCGAGAAAAAAAAACGAAAAAAAGAAACAAUCGAUCCGUUGGAUCGCGUGCAUAGGUUUACACGAUCGAUAGGAAUAAGUUUGUACGUUGUUUCAGUCUUCGUAAAUUAACGCGAUUCUUCAUAAAUACUUUAAUUGUUGCGUUAAUAUUCUUUAAUCUAUAAUUAUUUGUUUCCUGUGGUAUCGCAUGAAGGACCCCCCUCCAUCGAUCGAGUCUUUCGUUAUUAAAUGCAUUCUUCAUGAUAAUUCUUUCGUGCACGCUUAAUUGCAUUUCUGAAGCUAAUCUCAAGUAUGCUCUACGAUUACGCGUGCACUUCGCAUAUAUAUUCGCGUCAGCGCGAAUCUCAUUUCUUUUCAUAGUUUAAAAAUUUAAACGACACAUUCUCGCGUCCAGAAUAAAUGUUCCGAGCAAUAUUUUUUUAAAAGGUAUACAUAUAUAUGUCGAAAAUAUUAACGAUAAGGCACGCUUGCGGAUCUAAUUUCCUUGAAAAUGUCUCGAAAACCGAUUGCUCACUUGAGAGAAGAUUUGCUCCGGAGUGUCACUCUUAACGAGUUCAGCUUUCAAGUCUGCGAUCAGCGUAAGACUCUACCAAUUUCACUACACGCGCUAUCACACACAAAUACGUGGCGAUAUUUGAAAGACAUUUUACCGUCCAGGAGAGGCUUACACCAACUUUCCCGACCAACGACACUAUCAUAUAUGAUCUAUCGAAUUUUCAUAUUAAAAUAUAUUGCUAAAUGAAAAAUGCACUUUUGAACUAGUCAUGAUGAUGGGUCCGGGUCCUUCACGCACUAUUUUUUUACUAUUAAAUAUGUCAUAUUAUCCUUUUUUUAAUUUAGUUAUUACAUUAACCGUUUAAUCGAUUACUUCGUCACAAUAGUAUGAUUAUUUAAACAAAAUUUAGGUAUAUAUAACAAAGUACUCUAAUGACAAAAUAAGUAUAGGAUAUAAAGUACUAAAUAAAAAAACAUUAAACGAGUGAUUAAAGAGUUAAGCAAGUAAAUGUUCCUGUACAGCAUUUAAGAAUCAAAGGACACUCUUAUCAAAGCAAAAAGAAAAACAGAUUAUACACUUUUGGUAUUAGAAGGGAAAGAUUCGAGGCUGCCAGUAGGCGCGAAUAUAGCUGGAAAUUCAACUUUGUAAAUUAUUCGUGUACAUAAAAUAGUAUUAUUACGUGAAAAAUAAUUCGAUUAGCGUAGACAGAGUAAAAGUACUGAGGAGUCUAGGAUCGUCAUCGAUUUCAAAUCGUUCGUUAAACAAAUCCAUGGACGAGUGGGAAGAACGUUUUAUAUGUGUGUUACAAUAAUCCGUUUUAUAAUUUUUACACAUUUCUUUGCGAUGAACCGCUCAAGUUCAUCCGCUUAAAUCACAGUGUUGAUUUUUUUUUCAUAUUUUUUCUUUUCAACUUGCUUCUCUCCAUACCGUGAUUCUAGUCAUAAAUUCAAAAUCAUUUUCUCACACUCUCUUUGUUUCCUUUGACACCAUUGUUUCUAAUAUUCGCAAUAUCAUAAUUCGUACGUUAAUCUGUUUUAUUUACCUUUGUCUUCAAUAUAUCGUAUUGAAUACGCGAUGGAUAUCGCGCGCUAAACGCAACUCAAAAAGGAUAUAGAUAAGUGUAAAUUCAUUGAAAUGAACGAGGAAAGAUAUAGACGGACGAGAGUUUCUCCGUGCGCCCAUACUUAGUAUAUGUACAUAGAUUUAAUUAGAUACACAUAGGGAAGAAAAAGAGAUACAUAUGUUAUAUUAUAUAAAAUUAAGUACAAUAAUCUAUAAAUGUCCAUUUAAAUAAUUCAAUGACACCACGAAGAGGAGAGUAAAAUAUUUUUAAUUGUGAUUCCACUUAGAGUGUACUCGAUACUUUCUCUUAGAGACUCUCGAGGAGAUCCGUGCGCUCCUUAUCUUUAGAUUAUUUCAUCUUCUUCAGUAUUAAUAAACUGCAAGUAAAUUCGUUUACUAGAUUUUCUUAUGGAAAGACACCAAGAGAAGGAACGAUAUUUAGAUUCGUCCCACUCGCUGCCAGCCUAAACGAGCAAAGUCCUUCGAGAAGUUAUCGAUAACUCCUCCUUUCGUGUUGUCUCGCGAUGGUACGGUUCGUUAAAGCUCAGGUAUGCCCUAAUCCCGACGCGCUCGAGAACGAGAGAAACGACCGGGAUGCCUUCGGCUUAUUUUCGAACGAAUUUUCCUCUUUAAUCGCUAAAUGAUGAAUUAGUUUUAGGUAAACAAAACGAUUACAUACAGACAACGUAUCUAAGAGCGCGAAAUCGACAUCGGACAGUACUACCCGUCUUUCCCUUUAAUACCAAAAUCUCUAGUAAAUACACGAUGUAAACGAGUAUUAUAAUUAAUGAUAAUUAUGCGAACUAAAAGAGAACAAAAUGGACAGAAACGAUGGAAGGAACGAAGCGCUACUCCGACUUAUGGACAUAAAUACUACGAGAGUCAUUCUAAAAAGUGAAAACUAAAAAAAAAAGAUAAAAACAGAAGACAAUGAAAACACGAUGAAAACGUGACGAAUCCACUGGAGUUUGAGCUUCCCAACUUGAGUCAAGGGUUUUAGCUGCUGCAGCAAGCUAUCGCAAAGCAAACGAAUUAUUUGUAAUCAAGUAAGAAAUUCACCCGCACGAAUUUGUUGACGCAUUGUGUUGAAGCAUUGUUCGGCGUCGGCAAAUCCCUCGUGAUUUGCCUUCGUGAGGAGGCUUGAACAAAAGUUGUUUCAUCUUGUGUAGCGACAUCAAAUUCGACGGGUGAUUUAUAUAUGCUGCCGCUUAAAAACAGAACGCUGCUUCGCAUGGCCAACAAUUUGUCUGCUGGAUCGCAUGAGAAACGCGAUCACUCGGAAAUGAAAGCUAUUAUAUUGUCCGGACGUUAAUUCUUAACUGAAAAUCUGUCCUAUCAGAUCGAGCAUGUAAUACCGUUUUCACCAGCAUUAGUUGAGGAUUAACGAACAUUGUUGAGGCACUGUUGCGCAAAAAUGCGGACAUUUUUUUACGUUUAAAAUACGUUCUACGACGACGCAAAAAAGGUUUUUUCCAUGCAAAAAUAAUCGAUGCCCGAUUUUAUUCUCAUGCGUUCUAUCAUUCGUUGGCCGGAUAUGCUCGUGUGUACCCACCUAGCUUUUUGCGCGCUACGCAUUUUUGACUCUGCUAGGAGAAAGAAAAGUAGGCGAGAGAGAGAGAGAGAGAGAGAGAGAGAGAGAGAGAGAGAGAGAGA